GAAGUAAGCUAAAUUUGAAUUUUAGUGGAAAGAAAGUCCCCUCUACUCUUAUCCAUUGCCAAGAUAUCAAUAAUACACUUAAGAGACGUACAAGAAACAACCAAUUCUUCAAGUUACAGGCUUUCAGAAAUUUUCCUCAACUCAAGAAAUUAUAAUUUUCCAUUUAGUCUGAUAAUUUUAGUUGAAAGAUGAUGAACCGUGGCACAAUCGAAAUGGCCAAGACAGUAAUGGAGAUGGCAGAAGUUGCUUUUACUGCCUUGGAAUGUUGUCACAUGCAACAUCAACUCCACCAAGGUGAUCAGCCACUGCCUUCUCUGUCUUCUGAUGAGGAAAUGGAGUUAUUAAGACUGGAGAAUCGACAUUUAAAGAAUUUGCUUCGGCAGAAUCUUGAGCUGCUGCCUGAUCUCUCUGAAUGUUCUCCUGUAUUGCCAGAUUGUCCGCCUGAUUUGCAUGAUCGUCUAGUGGCUUCACUAGAUUCUGCAAAGUUUCUGGAUCAGCUCAAGUCCCUUCAAGAGGAAUUAGUUAAUGAUUCUGGCUGCGAGUUUUCAUCCAGAGAGGCUUCUGGAACUGAUCUAGAGAAGGCUGAGAGCCUAAUUGACCUGACUUCCGUAGAACCAAGUUGGUGGGGGUGGGUCAAUGGCGAGAUGGUUCCCAGCUGUGUCGAAGAAAGGAGCUCCAUUGACAAUGAGAAUUACGUGGUUGUUAGUGAAGAAAGUGUGGUGGAUGGAAUUGCCAACUUCAUGGCCAAGUGUGUUUUGUCAAAUCCAAAUGCUCAGAAGUUAUCACCUGAAGAGCUUCAAAAGACUCUAGCAAAAGCAUUGUGCGGCAAUGGGAUGAGGAAGGUGGAGACGAUGCUAGAUAUCUGGCAUGCUGGAGCAAUGUUCUAUACACUCUCUACUUGGGGACUUGCUCUUAUAGGGUUGUACAAUACUCCUGCUGUCGUGAGAUUCGCGGCAAUGGGGGCUCAUAAAUCCAGUAAACUUAUUUUAAACGCUUUGUGAAGAUGGCCAUCUUUCUUCUCAAUCAGGGAGCAAACCUGAUGUUGUCUUGUUUGUGACUUGUGAGAGGAAAGAAUCUCUGUUCAGAUGGCUCGUUCCGAGUCUAUACAUGUCUUUCUUGGUUAUCUCAUCCAAAUAAUGACGGUGGUCUUUUUUCUUUUCUCCAUAAUUCAUCCCACACUUUUCUUAUCAAAACUUGUAGAUAAUUGGCAUGGGAAAUAAUAUAUUCAAACAAGUGUUUAUAAAUAAGUAUUAUUAUAUUGUAUUCUUUA